AUGUCAUUUUAAUAAAAAUAAAGUGGACUUAAAUGUUGGGAUUCCUUUUGUGAUUUAACUCUGAAAUAGAUGGAAGUAAUUCCUUUCCCAAUUACAAAUUGUUCUGAUCUAUGUUCUUGUCAGAUAUGCAAUAAAAAAUAGCAAGAAAUAAAAGAACCAGAAGAAUAAAAGAAAUGUUAAAUAAUAAUUAACAAACCAAGACAAAGAAGAUUUUCAAUAUGUGGAUUUAAAGAUGAUUUGCUUACUAUCUGUCAAUUAUUAUAAAAAUAAGAUGAAGUUGUUAGAUCAAUAAAUAUUAAUAUUUUAGAUACAAUUAUUUUAAAAGACAGAGAAUUUGUAUUUUAUGCUUUUUAUGAUAAUGGUUUCAGAUGCAUAAAAAAUAAAUCCUUUUUUCAUACGGAAAUGGAAAAAUAUCUUAUUGAUAGAAAAAUUGAGUUUGAAGUUGAUAUUUAAAUUAAGCAAAUCAAAGCAGGCAUUCAUCCUACCAUCAAAUUUUCUUAGUAUCAUGAAAAUAGUAAUUUAAUAACUACUAAAUUAAAAUAAGUAUUUUUACAAGUUAUUUUAGUAAAUUUCUGAUUUAUUGAAUGGAUAAAGUAUUCUAAUGGCAAGAUAUUAAACAGGCGAAACAACUUUAAUUGGAAAAUUCGAAUUGCAUUAAUUAGUAGUUCUAUCUAAAACAAAUCCUAUAUUUGAUAAUCUACUUCAUUUAUAAUUAUAUCUCUACAAUGAAAAAUCAGCUUUAGAUUCUAUAGAAAUUAAUAAAAGAAAUCCUAAAGAUUAUUUUAUUCAUAAAUAUAAAUACAUAAAAGAUAGUUUACUAUUUAGUGAUAUAGUAUUUGAACAGUCAUAUCUUACAGAUCCUUCACUUCGAGGUUAGAGAUAAUGGAAUAAAGAAAAAGAAUAUUCAGAUAAUUUAGAUUUAAAAGAGUAUUUUAAAUAUACUUGCCAUAAAAUAGCCGUUUAUACAUAAACCUUUCAUAAAUUAUGUAUAGAUGAGAUGGAAGUUCAUUUUAUUGUCAGUAUAACUAAAAAUUAUCUAAGAUAACCCUAAAAACAUUUCCAUUAUCAAUAUAAUUGGAUUAAAAAUGUCGAAAGCCGAAGAAGCUUCAUGGGUAAUCAAAACUGAUAGAGUGCUUAGUACAGCAGAGAAAAUCAAAAUUAAUAAUGUGGAUAUAAAUGAAAAUACCAAACCGUAAACGCAAAGAUCCUUAGUUGUCUCUUAAUCACUAAUACAUCGUACCUAAAAGUAAAAAUUGUUGAUAAUUAACUAGAGCAAUAGAUAAGAUUAAGCCUAUCACAGCUUAAGUAAUAGAUAAUAAUAAGUAAAGCGCAAGAACAAAGAAGGUUUUUAAAUCACUCAAUCCUGAAACAAAUGAAUCUAUUAAUUAAAUAUUAGAGAAUUAAUAGUAUUAAAAAAUGAUGAAAAAUUUCCCAAAAUAAUUAAGGAGAUAUCAAAGCAUAUAGAGAUAUUCGCCAACUAAGCCUAGAAUGGAUGAUUAGCCUCUUACAACUUAUAGAGAUUUUUAAAUAGAAGAUUAUUUAUUGAAAUCUAGAAUGAAAAGGAAAGCUUAAUUCAUUAACUCACCCUUUCUUAGGAGUAUUACAAGAAGAUUUUUUACAAGGAGAAAUUCAGCCGAGUUUUGUUGA